UUGCUCCAAAAGAAUCUGAAAUUGAACUACCUAAAAUGACGUCAAGUCGAAUUCGGAAACUAUACUAUGGCAAAUUCAACCGUUGGAUUGUGAAAACACAGCCACCUACCUUCCGGAGAGAAUCAGCGGCCAAUCUCUAAGGAACGCCAACUCCUGCGCAGCACCGCAGCGAAUCCAGUUUUUUGAUUAUUUUUUGUUCCUGCGAGCCGAAUUGCCAGGCCUGGGGAGUGAAGUUGAAAGUAGAGGCGACGCCGUUGUUGCUGGAGGUUUAAUUCAAUUCAAGUGUCGAUGUUGUUGUUCCUUCUUCAUCUGCUUCUUUAGCUUCUUGAUUGCGACUCGAUCCCUCCACUUGCCAGGCAACGCCUUCCAUUUUCGCAUUCCUACGAUCUGUAAGUAUCGAUCAACAUCAUGAUGCUUCAUUCAGUGAUAAGAGUUACAGGAUAGACAAAUAACAGACAAGCAUUUCUUUCCUUGCUUGUAGAUUGUGUUGCAAUGUGUAACUAGCAAUGGAAGCCAGAGUCUGUAUCCUUAGCCUAGGGUUUAGCCCGAAGAAAUACCUCCUGAAUCAGAGUAAUGGUCAGUGUGCCCAAAGAUUUUGCAACAGGGCUUGUAGAAGGCAAUUGAAAAACAAGAGACAUCACCCAUGUUGGAAGAGUUCCAUCGAGAGCUGUGAGCGGUCCAACACUAGUCAUGAAGAGAUAAAAGAAAAGAAUAUUUCUAGGGCAACCUUGAUUUGGAGAGCAAUCAAAUUACCUAUUUACUCUGUUGCCUUGGUUCCUCUAUCUGUUGGCAGUGCAGCUGCUUAUUUGCAGACAGGCAUCUUCUCUGCUAGGCGCUACUCUGUGCUCUUGGCUUCUUCAGUUCUUAUAAUCACAUGGCUCAAUUUAAGCAACGACGUGUACGAUUACGAUACAGGAGCAGACAAGAACAAGAAAGAAUCAGUUGUUAACAUGGUUGGCAGUCGUACAACAACCCUCGCUGCUGCCUACGUAUUACUUGUUCUUGGUUCCUUUGGACUUGCAUGGGUGUCUAUGGAAGCAGGAAGUAUACAUUCAUUAUUAUUAUUAGCUUCUGCAAUUACUUGUGGUUAUAUGUAUCAGUGCCCACCGUUUAGAUUAAGUUACCAAGGAUUGGGAGAGCCCUUGUGUUUUGCAGCAUUCGGACCAUUUGCUACUACUGCUUUUUACUUGUUGCAGAGCAGUUUAGGUAAGGAGAAUUGUCUUCCUUUAACUCCAACAGUAUUUUCUGCAUCACUCCUUGUUGGCUUCACCACUGCCCUUAUCCUGUUUUGUAGCCACUUCCACCAGAUAGAAGGAGAUAGGGAUGUUGGAAAAAUGUCCCCUCUGGUUAGGCUGGGUACAGAAGCAGGUUCAAGGGUGGUUAGUGUGGCCAUUAUAACCCUCUAUUCUCUUUUGGUCCUGCUUACUCUUAGCAAAGCUCUUCCUUUAACUUGCAUUUUUUGUUGCGGAUUGACCUUGCCAAUUGGAAAAUUGGUGGCUAAGUAUGUUGAAGAAAACCACAAGAACAAAACAAAGAUCUUCAUGGCGAAGUAUUAUUGUGUGAGAUUGCAUGCUUUAUUUGGUUCUACAUUGGUUGCUGGGCUAGUGAUAGCAAGAAUGAUCUCUAAUCGACAACUUCCGCAUUUAAUGUUCCCUUGAUUUAGUUACAUGCCAUAAAUUUGGCCUAUGAUAGAAAUGAGCUUGUUAACUAUUGUGGUUAUCAUAAUGCUUUUAGAAUUUUAAAUAGCUAGUCAUGUUUUACCCUAGGCUAAAGAAUCAUAUGUAUACUAUUUGAAUCUUACUCAUUAUCAAGUUAUAGUUUAUUGUGCUAAUAUAUGUUCUACAAUUUAUGACC